AUGGGAAGUUCCAACACGAGUUUCAGAGAGGAUUUCAUUUUGGUAGGAUUCUCAGAUUGGCCUCAACUGGAACUCAUCCUUUUUGUCUGUAUUUCAAUUUUCUACUCUCUAACUCUCUUUGGCAAUAGUACCAUCAUCAUUAUCUGCCGACUAGACCUUCGCCUCCACACUCCCAUGUACUUCUUUCUUUCCCACCUCUCCUUCCUGGACCUCUGCUAUACCACCAGCACUGUGCCUCAACUUCUGAUAAACCUUCACGGACUUGACCGGAGCAUCACCUAUGGAGGGUGUAUGGCCCAGCUCUUCGUAUCUCUUGGCCUCAGCUGUACUGAGUGUGUGCUCUUGGUGGUGAUGGCCUUUGACCGCUAUGCUGCUGUGUGUCGUCCACUCCAAUAUACAACCAUUAUGCAUCCCCAUUUAUGCCAGAUAAUGGGUAUUGCCUCCUGGGUGGGAGGCUUCAUGAACUCUCUGAUUCAGACAAGCCUCAUGAUGGCUGUGCCACUCUGUGGCAUAAGCCAACUGAACCACUUUUUCUGUGAGAUGCCUGUACUGCUGAAGCUGGCUUGUGUAGACACAGAAGGAAUACAAUCCAAGAUGUUUGUGGCUCGAGCCAUAAUCUUGAUUGUCCCUGUAGCACUAAUUCUAGGCUCCUAUGUACACAUUUUUCAGGCAGUGCUGAAGGUCAAGUCAAUGGCUGGACGCAGAAAGGUUUUUGGGACUUGUGGGUCCCACCUCUUGAUUGUUGUCCUUUUUUAUGGAUCAGCCAUCUACACAUACCUCCAGCCCAUUCAAAGUUAUUCUGAGAGUGAAGGGAAGUUUGUUGCUCUUUUCUAUACUAUAAUUACUCCCAUGUUUAAUCCUCUGAUAUAUACCCUGAGGAACAAGGAUGUGAAGGGAGCUCUAUGGAAGGUACUAAGGAGAGGAAGAACAUGA